GGCGGCGCGGCGCGGCGGGGAAAGCGCUCCGACGGGAAACACGGAGCCACGCCGCUGACCGCCUGCGCGCCGCGCUCGACACCCUGUGCCCGCCUGGCAGGUGGCCGUAUCCCUGCCAGCCGGUGACAUCCCUCCGUCCUGGGACUUGGCAGGAUGGAGGCCAGGGAUGUCCCCAUCCCCGUCCCUGCGCUGGCCACAGAGCCGCGAUUCGCCCAGCGCCUCAGAGAGCAUUUGGAAGAGGAGCAGCUCCUGGACGGGCGCUACCGGCUGCAGGAGGUGCCGGGGGGCCACGUGGCCCUGCCCGUGGUUGAGGAGAAGCUCUCCCAGCUGCGACUGCCCCAGGAGAUACCCUGUGGACUGGUCCAGAUCCAGGACCCCGUCCCCUCCAGGGCAGCCCGCCGGCAGACGCCUGCCCAGAAGCUGCGGGAUGAGCUGCGGCAGCUGCUGGGCAAGAGCUGGUCGGAGAAGCUGGAGCGUGAUGUGCCCCGUGCCUGGCAGCGGCAUGGGGAUCUGGUCCUGCUGAGCGAGGAUUGCUUCAGGGCUGCGCCGUGGGAGAAGCUGGGUAAGGGGGAGCAGGGUCUGCCUGCCCAGAUCCUGCCCGCAGAGCUGUCCUGGCUUUUCCCAAAGCUCCGAGGACGGGUUCGUUGCAGGUCCAGCACUCUGGGAGACGGUCGCCUCAGCUCUGGGUGCCUGUCGGCUGGCCAGGCGAGGACGGGUGUUGCCGGAUGGGAUGCGGUCCCCCAGUGUCACCCUGCUGCUGGGCCAGGAUGGCUGGGUGGAGCACGUGGACAACGGGAUCAGGUAGGCAGGAGCCACGGUGCAGGACGCAGCCGGUGCAGGGAAGGGGCUGCCCUCAUUGGGCCGGUGAUAUCUCCCAGGUACACGUUCGAUGUGACCAAGUGCAUGUUCUCACCGGGCAACAUCACAGAGAAGCUGCGCGUGGCCUCGCUGCCCUGCUCCGGGGAGGUCCUGGUGGAUCUCUACGCAGGCAUCGGCUAUUUCACGCUGCCGUACCUGGUUCACGCAGCGGCUGCCUUUGCCCACGCCUGCGAGUGGAACGGCCAUGCCGUGGAGGCCCUGCGCAGGAACCUGGCACUGAACGGCGUGCAGGACCGCUGCCACAUCCACUAUGGGGACAGCCGGCAGCUGGAGCUGCAGGAUGUAGCGGACCGGGUGAACCUGGGGCUGAUUCCCAGCUCGGAGGAAGGCUGGCCGGUGGCCUGCCGUGUCCUGAAGAAGGGCACUGGUGGGGUUCUCCACAUCCACCACAACGUGGAGACUGUCCCCUCACCGGCCCCUCCGCAGACCGCGGUCCUGCAGGCUGAGCAGGGGUCUCUGGAGGGAGCCGGCUCUGAUGGAGAGGUGCAGCACCCAGCGGAGGAUGGUGGGAAGGAGACACUGGCGGCCAGGAUCAGACCUGAGUGGCAGAGGUGGGCUGAAGCCACGGCGGCACGGAUCCGGGGGCUGCUGGUAGAGCUGCACGGGCAGCCGUGGCGCACCAGCAUCCUGCACAUCGAGGCAGUGAAGUCCUACGCGCCCCACGUGCAUCACCUCGUGCUGGACCUCGAGUGCCGGCCGAUGCUGCCCACCUAGCUGGCCACAGGCCCCAGCAUGGCUCCAGCUCGCACAAAAUGCUGAUGUUGGAGCAUCGGUGGCCAGGAGAUGCUACCGUUGCCUGCUGCCAGCCUGGCUGCGCUUUACGUCCCCUCGUUCCCGGGUGGCAUCACUGCCCAGCAGUGCCUCCCUGUCCCCAGGGCACGGAGGGAUGCGCUCCCAUGGGAGAUCUCUCCAGAAGCUGUAUCCCAGCCUAGGAUGGGGUGAGCUGGGACCGAGAGCGCCCGGAGUCCUGCCCCGAUCUUGGAAAUGUGGUGGCACUUUCAGCCCCAUUUUCACACAGGAGAGAGAGCCACGGGGCUGAAUAAACCUCAGAUUCCUGCCGGGCUUCGUUUCAGCGAGUCAGGGGCAGGCUUUGUGCUUGUAUUCACCAGCGUGCUUUUUUAUUGUACUGGAAACAGAUCUGUUCACCUCGGUUUCUUCUCACCUUUUUGCAGAAAUAAGGAUGUUUCC